AUGGAGGCCGCCGCGUCCACGCUGUUCCUCUCCGCCGACGCGUCCCUCGCCGCCGGCCGCCGCCUCCUCCUCGUCCCUUCUCGGCCCGCGCGCGCGGCACGGCGGGGCGCCGCGCCCAGCAGGUGCCGGCGGGCGUCCGUCCGCGCGUACGCCGCGGCGGCCGCGCCAGCGCCGGCGCCGGCCUCUGGAAACGGCCUCGUCGGGAAUAACAACGGAGUGUACACUGUUGGAGACUUCAUGACGAAAAGGGAGGAUCUCCAUGUCGUCAAAGCGUCAACCCCGGUUGAUGAAGCGCUCGAGAUGCUGGUGCAGAACAGGAUCUCUGGUUUCCCUGUUAUCGAUGACGACUGGAAGUUGGUUGGCGUUGUCUCAGAUUAUGAUCUAUUAGCUUUGGACUCAAUGGCAGGAUGUGGACUGGCUGAUACAAAUUCAAGUAUGUUCCCUGAAGUAGAUAGCACUUGGAAGACAUUUCGCGAGAUCCAGAGACUCUUGAGCAAAACCAGUGGCAAAGUUAUCGGUGAUGUUAUGACUCCCUCACCUCUUGUGGUGCGUGAAACUACUAACCUCGACGCUGCUGCAAGGUUGCUGCUUGAAACCAAAUACCACAGAUUGCCUGUUGUUGAUAGCACGGGAAAUUUGGUUGGGAUGAUCACAAGGGGGAAUGUCGUCAGAGCUGCUCUCAAAAUAAAGAAGAAAGCUGAAGGUGCUUAA